AUGAUUUUUAAAUUGAGUAAAGCACCUACUAAAAUUUAUGUAAUUAUUAUUGCAAUAUUAUGGUUGGUAACAACAAUUAUUGGAGUGUCAAUAAUAUUAGGAACAUAUUUAAAUCUUUACAAAAAUAUAAAAAGUGACGUUGAUGUUGCAAUUGAAAAAUUUAAUAAAAUAUCAGAUAUUUUUAAGGAAACAAAAAGUUUAACCGAUAGUUUACAUGAAAUAGAAACCAAAAUUACAGGAGGAAAUUUUUGGCUUAAUUUAGUAGAAAAAAAUUUUAAUAUUGUAAAAGAAUUUUCUAAUAUAUUAUUAUCAGAUAAUACAAAAAAUUUGAUAAGUAAUGUUCAAAAUAAUCCUACCCUAGAAACUUUUGAUGCAAUUACAAAAAGUUUUGAAGAAGAUAUAACUAUUUUUAUAUCUACUUGGCAAAAAAAGAUUGAAGGUUUUGAUGAUAUUGGUUAUUUGUAUACAAAUGCAGUGGAUGUCGUAGAUGAUAUGUAUAAAGGACUUAAUUCUCUAAUCAAAGAUAUUAAAGUAAUUUUUGGAGAAUUGACUUUAUCAGAUAAAUUGAAAAUAGUUAUUGAUAAUAUUAAAGAAAAUAUAAUACCUAUUGUUGCUUUAAAAGAAAAAUACAAAAAUAAAAUAAGUCUUAUGUUUAUAAAAGAACUUAAAAAAAAAGGAGCAUCAGUGACUAUUGAAAAAAAUGAUAUUGAUGAUGGAUUAAUAUUAGUAAUACAUGGUUGUUAUCAUUUUGAAAUUAAGACAACUGUAGAAAAUGGAUUUCAAUCAUUAAUAAAUAGUUUAAAAGAACAAUUAACUGUAGAUAACUUAAAAAAAAAAUUUCUUUAUAAUCAUGAUGUUUCAGUUUCUGUGAAACAAGAUGGAUCAGAUGGAGAAACAAUUGAAAUAUGUCCAGCUUGGGGAAGAAAUCAAAGAACUUUUAUUAUAUUACUUGGAAUUCUUAUAGAAAAAAUUAAUAUAGCUAAAUUUAUCAUUUCUGGAUCUUUGUUAUUAAUUGUUAUAAUUUCAUUUAUACCAAUGGUAAUUACACUUAGUCAUGCAACUAGAAGAACUUUAACUCCAGCUGGAAAAAAAUAUUAUGGUAUUGAAGUACCACAACAUGCUGAUGCAAGUACUGUUUUAUCUGUAAUAAUUUUUUUUAUUGGCUAUUUAUUAGCAUUUGGUAUUAGUAUAAUCAAUGUUUUAUUUACAGUCAAGAAGGUAGAUGAAAAUAUUAAUGUUAGUAAAUGA